CUGCCCGCGAUGUCGGUCAUCCAGAACGAAGAGCUGGUCGCGUACCAACUGCGCUGCGGUUACCUCACUGAAAUCGCUGAUGGAGUUGGUGAACGCCUGAUUACCCUCAAUGAGGGCUUCAUGAACUCCUCGGCUUUCAAGGCUGUCGCUUGGCAGGCAAACCCCGAUCUCGUAAAGCGAUGCUACUCCCCUCCAAUCCCGACCGCGAUUGCUUCCGAAUACUUUCAAGCCCCGCGCCAAGCUGGGGUCACCCUCGAAGAUGAACCCGACGAGACUGGAAUGUUGACUAGCGGGGGCACCGAUACCUUGGGUCCCGGCAUAGCUACUAGGAGGAGAAGACGACGCGAGACCUUGGAGGACGACGAUAGUAGCGAUCUUAGUGAUGAGAGCGACGACGACGAUCCUGGACAGCGAGCGGCGCAGCAGAUCAAGUUCGCCAAGAUGCCCGUUAGAUCGAGGGCCGGUUCCAGUCCGAUUCAGUCGUCGCAAAUCAAACAGUCUCCAGCCAUGUCUCCUCGGGCGGCACCGGGAGCGCGGAGAGGAUCUCAGUCGGCGCUGGAAAUUGUCAAAGAGAGAGCGAGAAGAGACACCGUCACUAGCAGCGAGGUAUCCUCGGAGAACGAGUUCGACGCAUCCGGUUUUCACCGACAGCGAGAGGCCGCCAGGGCUGCGGCGAAGUCUGUCAAGCUCCAGGCUAAGAUCAUGGAGGAGCCUUCCUUGGGAAUCAAGCGAACGGGCACGGAGCUGUUACCGGAGGAGGAAGACGAUUCAGAUGGAUCAGACAUGUCCGGUGCCUACGUCGAGAGUAUUGAUUCGGCCUCGAUUCUCGAUGCGGUCGAGAACCCUGAGCCGCCUCCGCACAAGCAGGUUGUUGGAACACCUCCUCGCGAGUUCACCAGAACAUCGACUAUUCGCAAGUCCCAAGCACCGCCGAGAAUCUUGCGGCCCCUGCCUCCCCCUCGUCCUAUGAGCACUAUUCGGCCCAUGAGCAUGAUUCAGCCUAAGAGUCUGCUGUCUGCCGCCCUGAAGGCCAGAAAAACGAAACCGAAGGUGCCCUUCGAGAACUUCGCUGCACUAUCCGGCCAAGGCGAAAACAAUCCGAUUGCCGUCCGCAUCUAUCCCGCGUUCUCGGACAACCCUGGAAAGCCUUUUGAGGUUCUCAUCCGCCGCAUGGUGCACCACGGCGAAGGUGGUGACCGCUCUGUUACGGUGUCAGAUCUUAUUGGUCUCGCUCUUUGGAGAUACAACGAGGAAAAGCGGGAGCCGCCCAUCGCUGCCGACAAGUCGAACAUCAACUGGUUCACCCUUAGAAUGGUGGAAGAGGAUGGUGAGGUCGACGACGAUUUCCCGCCGUUUGAGCGCACUAAGGCGUUGACGUCUUUCACAACGGCGAACAACCGCGCAGCAGGAAGAAUGCGCGCCAACUCGAAGACGCAUGACAACUUUGGUCUGGUCAUGGCCUCCCAGUCUGAGUUCAACGAGAAUCAAAGCAUCACGCCUCAGGCCGAAGAAGAGGAGGCGGCCGCGGAAGAGGUCAUUGACGAAGAUACGACUCCUCGCAAUACGCCGCAGCCGAAUAUGCACCAGUUCCUUCCUGUUGCAACAGAGCCACGCCCGAACCCCGUUACGAAUACUACCUAUCGUCAACAGCAUAGUAUGUUCGCCGACGCACCUCAGGCGCCCGCUGCUGCACCCAACACCAGCCGUGGUCAGCAGAAGCUUUUGCGGGUACAUCUUCACUCUACGGAUGUGGCACCCGGGCAGCUGGUCACGCUCGACACCACGACGGAGACGUACAUGGCCGAGGUUCUCGACCUGGUUUGUCGUAAGAGACAAUUGGAUAAGGCCAAUCAUGUCCUCAAAAUGCCCGGCGGCGGACCGGUUAUUCUGCUCGAUACCAAGGUCGCGGCUAUUGGCAGCCUGUCAGAUCUGGAGCUGCAUCGUCGCCGCUUUGCUACAGACGGCCCGCUCGCCAUGACAGGUUCGCCAAGCAGCUCGUCGCCCAAGCUUCUCCCCUUCGUGGACGGCCCACCGGGACGCAAAGCCAAGAAGACGCACAUCAUGGGAAGCCACCCACUUGCCCAGGAGGCGAUCAAACAGGCUGAGCUUACCAGCGCGUACCACAAAGCAUGGGUCGUCUGGCGUCUGCGAACUGUCCGCAUGAUUACGCAGUCGGAGAAGAGAUUCGAGAUUGACGGCGAGUACGUCCAUAUCAAGCCUACGACGAGGGAUUCCAAAACGACUACGGCGCAUAUUUCGCAGGUCAUUGGAUGCAAAGUGUCGAGCAAGCAUCCCAACCAGUUCAAGGUCCUCAUCUAUCGUGACACAGAGAGCAAGCGCUACGAUUUCGAGGCCAAGUCGGUCGAGGAGGCGCAUGAAAUCGUCGAUGAGCUGAGGAAGGGUGUAUCUCAAGUUAUGGGCUAA